AUGCUUGCACUUACUCUCGUCGUUUCGGCGCUUUCACUCCUCUCCAGCCAGCUUGUAUCCGCACAGGAUUCUGUUCCUGCUGCUGUUGCGACACCUGCCGCACCAGAAUUGAAAUUCUUAUAUACGGCGUACGUCCUGUGUACACCCGAUAUCGCCGGCCAAGGACAGGGUCCCGCUGGCACUCGGAAGACAAUCCCCAUCGUCGGCGGCAAUGUGACCGGACCCCUCAUCAACGGAGACAUCGCAGAUGUGGGCGCGGACUGGGGCACGGUGGAUCCUGUAUCUGGCGUCUUCAGCGCAGACACAAGAUACAAUAUUGUCACGGAUGACGGUGCUGUCAUUUUCCUCCGGACCAGCGGGCCCACAGUAGGCAACACAUUGCACUUGCGGGUCCAACUCGAGACCGGGUCGGAGAAAUAUUACUGGUUGAACGAAAUCAUUGCUAUUGGAGUUUUAACACCGAUCUCCAUAACCGCGGAGGGAUCCGUACUGAGGAUUGAUACCUGGCAUUUUGCCGACGAACCUGAAACGAGCAGUUUCGCCUAA